UACUGCUAAUACCAGCAAGGGCCUGCGAAGGAAACCAGCGCAUUAGUAUAGAAAGAGCUACAAAAAUGAUUGAAGACGUGGAGGAGAAUAUACCUGUUUUCCUCUCUUUUAACAAUCUUGGUGUAAAGAUCGGCGAUCGGGAAAUUCUUCGAAAUGUAAGCGGGAAAGUCAACCCAGGGGAAUUGUUAGCUGUGAUGGGCCCUAGUGGUUCUGGUAAAACAACAUUGCUAAAUAUUCUUGCUGGAAGAAUGUUUCCAGAAAGUGGUGAAAUCCUUCUCAAUGGUACACAGUUGAACAAGAAACUGAAGAAGGCUAUUUGUUAUGUCCUGCAAGAAGACAUUUUCUUUGCCAAUCUUACUCUUCGGGAAACUCUUACUUUUUCUGCAAUGCUUCGCCUGCCAGAUGCCUUGUCUAAAGCUGAAAAGUUACAAAAGGUAGAUGAAAUUGUUGACAGCUUGGAUAUCAGGAAGUGCUUAGAUACAAAGAUUGGAAGUCCUUUUGAAAGAGGGUUAUCAGGAGGAGAGAAAAAAAGGGCAAACAUUGGUUCAGAGUUAAUAACAAAUCCUUCCUUGAUUUACCUGGAUGAACCAACAUCUGGGUUAGACUCUAGCAAUGCCUUGAACCUUGUUAAGACUCUGAAGAGCUUUGCAGCCAGAGAAAAAAAGACAGUGGUAACCACCAUUCACCAGCCAUCAAGCCAGAUCUUUUACAUGUUUGACAAGGUUUUAUUGCUCUGUGGAGGACAGGUAGCAUAUUAUGGAAAGGCCAGUAGAGUUCUUGAUUUCUUUGAAAGUGUUGGUUUGGUUUGUGAUGCUCAUUUUAAUCCAGCUGAUUUUAUAUUGGAAAAGGUUACUGAAGGAGAGGAAGUUCAAGAAAGGAUUGUCCAAGGCUGGGCUGAAAGACAGAAAAGACGUCAGAAAUAUUCAGCAAUUUCCUACAACCAUAGACCAGGAAGAACUGAUACCCCAAGUCCUACUCCAGAGAAGGAUGACAAGGACAAAUCACAGGAUAUGGCGAGUGAAACGAGCCCUAAAAAUGGGCAGCAAAAAGCUACUGAAGAGUUACAGAACAAGGAUGAUGUGUCUGUUCAUUGUACUUCAGAUGUACAUGAGGUAGAUGAGAACUCUGAAGUCCCUGAAAAAGAAAAUAAAACAAGUCCUGCAUCUGACAGAAGUGGUGAGUCCACUGGUGAGCUGUCAGUUGCUGACAGUUCGAAUGAACAGAAAGAUACACUAAGGCAGGAGAAUGGAGGUGAAUUCUCGUCUGAGGAGAUGCUGGACAAAGAAAAAGAAAGUAAGACAGGCAAUGGGCUUAUACCAUUUGGAAAUGAUGGACUGCCUUCAGAGAUGAGUGAGAGUUCAAACCUCUUGGCUUCAAAUCCCAAACCAUCUGCAUCUAAGACCCUUUGGAGGAACGUGAGAGACUCAUUCACCAAAUCUUCAGAUCAUCUUCCACAAGUCCCCUCAGAAAUCCUGGUACCAGUAGCAGAUGUCAAUGUGGCUGUUGUAUCUUACAAGCGUAGUACAUCACGUGAUUAUUCUAAAAUAGAUGUUCAUGAUGACGAUGAAGAUCAUUCUGCCCUGUACUCAGAUAUUUCCACAUCAUGGCCCACAAGUUUCUGGACACAGUUCACAGUUCUCCUACUUAGAACGUUUAAGCAGUCCAAACCAGAUAUUUUGUCUAAGUUAGAGUUAUCACAGAACUUGCUUCUUGCCCUCGUUUCGGGCUUGAUCUGGUUCCAGCUUCCUUACAAAGAGAAGAGCAUUGAAGACAGAUAUUCACUGCUGUUUUUCGUUGUGGUUUAUUGGAUGUUUAAUCCACUCUUCCAAGCUCUGUUAUCAUUUCCAAGUGAAAGGACUGUAGUAAAUAAAGAACGUGCUGCUGGCUACUACAGACUCUCUGCAUACUAUUUAGCCAAGUUGUUCAGUGAAUUACCUCUGGUCUUAUGUCAGCCGACCCUGUUCUAUACGGCAGUCUAUUGGAUGACGGGUUUAAACAGAAGCGAGUCCUUCCUCGGUGGCCUUUUCGUGCUUUUGUUAACAGCCAUAACAGGACAGUCCAUAGGUUUGUGUAUCGGCGCCACAGUAAUGAACUUCAAGAAGUCAAUAGUGGUGUGUGCUGUAUAUGGUCUGACCUGUAUGUUGUUGGGCGGAUUCUACCAGAAAAACAUACCCUCAUGGCUAUCUUGGUUUCAGUACGCUGCUUUCUUGAAGUAUUCUUAUGAGGCUUCCCUUGUCAUUGAAUUUGCUAAUUCUCCAUCAUUCAGUUGCUCGGCGACUGAGUCUUCUUACGGUAAAUGCCACAACAAUGGAACCGUCAUCGAAGGAACGGACAUUUUAGAGAGGCUGAAUGUGACAAGAUCUGUGGGAGAAAACAUUGCUGUACUUCUCUGUUUUAUUUUUAUAUUCAGAAUUUUGACAUAUCUUUCUUUACGCUACUUACACAAGCCAAAGUGAUUUCGGUAUUCAGAGACACUGCACGAGCGAUCUGUUAUUUCCUUGUGUUACGUUAAGAUGUCAACUUGUAGCCAUUUGACAACUGACAUAUGUUUAGCGGUGACCACUUUUCAACCUGUCAGAAUGGUAUUGGGUUGAUCAAGCAACGUGAGAAUUAAAUA